GCUUUGUUCAAGCCACAGAACUUCCCACAUGGAAAGGAACCUAGCUGAGUGUUUAGCUAUAAUUUGGUUCCUAGUUUGUGAAUAGCUUCAUCCUUUGUAGGAACAGAAAAUUAACCUGUAUUUCAACAGUAACUCACCUUAACCUUAGUAACUUGUGCUUGUGGUUAAAAAAGGAAUAGCUAGACCUAGGUUUUAGGAUCAUCAAUUGGCUCCUGCUCUGACUGCAGGCUCUCCCAGAUAUGUUUGAUAAUCUUCAUGCGCAUAUACAAGAAACAUCUUGAUAGCUUUGAAAUGUUUGGAGUUGAGCACAGUUCUGAAGCAAUCUUCUAGACUGCUGAAAAUGAUAGUAGUAAUAUAAAAGAAAGAAAAAAGUGCAAUGGAAAGGAAGAAAAUAAUUUGACUUGAGAGCUUUUAGAGUCAUUAUGGGUAGUAUAGAUAGAAGAGGGCAUUUACAGCAAGCAAAUAUAGAAGUGUCUAAAUAAAAUUUGGGAACCUAUGUAAGGGAUUACUGAAGCAAAGGUUCUCAGAGAUAUGUGGUGAUGAAUGGAUAUAUCAGUCAGCAAUUGUUCAAGCUAAAGCAGUGAGAAUCUUGAUGGCAUAGUCUGGAAACAUCCUUCAGCUCCAUGUGAAGGAAAAGGAAUAGAGAAUCAGCUACUGAAUGCUUUGGAGUAAGAAUCAGUAACCUUCUUGCAGUGCAAAAAAUAACCUCUGAUGUUGCGUUUGACUAAGGAGAGUUGUGGGCAAUUAGCAGCCCCAAAGAUCCAUAAGGGUCUGCUGAGUUACAGGGAAGAUGCCAGAUCAGUACACUACAUUAAAUCCUUAAAAAGUUGAUGGUAAAAAAUGGAAGAAAGCAGGAUGGAGAAGUUCACAUCUGAUUGAACUGAUAAAAACAUCAGUUUGGCUGUGACUAGCCUAAGUGACUUCAAAUAAUAACUUCAAACUGACUUGUCUUUGGAAAAUCUUAAGGUUCUUUUUUCUUUUGUUGUUGCUGCAGGAUUCACUGCAACGAUUCUCCUAAUUUUUAUAUAGUCUAUAGCAUCUACAUACAUCCUCUUCUGCCAUGAAGUUGUUCAAAUUACAGACUCUAAAAUCUUUGUGGACUUUGAAGCCUCCUAAUAGGACUUUCCAUGGACACCCCAGGCUGCUCGCAUCUGAUGUAUAUUCACAAUAUGAGCCUGUCAGGCGGGGCAAACAGGAAAUACCAAAAUACUUCAACUUUGCAAAUGAUGUACUGGACAAAUGGUCUGAGAUAGAAAAGGCUGGAAAGAGACCAUCAAACCCUGCCUUUUGGUGGAUAAAUGGAGAAGGUGAAGAAGUGAAGUGGAGUUUUGAGGAGCUGGUGUUCCUGUCUCGGAAAGUGGCAAAUGUACUGACUAAAGUAUGUGGACUGCAGAAGGGGGACAGAAUUGUUGUGAUCCUGCCACGAGUUCCAGAAUGGUGGCUGAUAAUUGUGGCUUGCAUGCGAGCAGGAAUUGUCUUAAUACCGGGAAUAUCCCAAUUGUCAGCCAAAGACAUAUUAUAUCGACUCCAGAUGUCAAAAGCCACAUGCAUCAUUACCGAUGACACACUGACUCCUGCUGUGGACUCAGUGGCAUCUGAGUGUCAGUUUCUGAAAACCAAGCUAAUUGUGUCCAAAGGCAGUAGGGAGGGAUGGCUCAACUUCACUGACCUCUACAAAAACCAAUCUGCUGACCAUUCCUGUGUCAAAACAAGGAUUCAAGACUCAAUGAUUAUCUUCUUUACCAGUGGAACCACAGGUUCUCCAAAGAUGACUGAACAUUCCCAGGGCAGUCUUGGUUUCAGACCCCUUUUAAGUGAAAGGUAUUGGUUGGAUUUGACUCCCUCAGAUGUGAUAUGGAGCACAGCAGACACAGGAUGGGUAGUAGCUUCACUGGCAUCUGUUUUUGAUCCCUGGGUUUUUGGAUCGUGCGUCUUUGUACAUAAGCUACCACGGAUUGAAUCAGCAGCCAUCUUAAAUACUCUCUGCAGAUUCCCUAUUGACACACUGGUUAGUGCUCCAACAUUGUUCCGCAUGCUGGUACAAAAUGAUGUUUCCAGCUACAAAUUCAUGAACCUGAAGCACUGUGUGAGUGGAGGAGAGCCACUCAACCCAGAAGUUCUGGAGCAGUGGAAAAGCAAGACUGGGCUGGACAUCCAUGAAAUAUAUGGGCAGACUGAAACGGGAAUAAUCUGCUCUGGUUUUAAAGGAAUGAAGGUUAAACCUGGAUCAAUGGGGAAGGCAGCUCCCCUUUAUGAUGUUCAGAUUGUAGACAAAAAUGCUAAUAUUCUGCCUCCAGGACAACAGGGGGAAAUUGCUGUCAGAAGCAAACCUAUAAAACCACUUGGUUUUUUCUCUGGAUAUGUGGAUAACCCUAAGAAAACCGCAGAAACUGAACGUGGGGAUUUUUAUGUCACUGGGGACAGAGGGACUGUGGACGAAGAUGGAUAUUUUCAGUUCAUUGGAAGAGAUGACGACAUCAUCAUUUCUUCAGGAUAUCGCAUUGGGCCUUUUGAAGUAGAGAAUGCCCUGAUAGAACACCCAGCAGUAGCAGAAACAGCUGUUGUCAGCAGCCCAGAUCCCCUCAGAGGAGAGGUUGUGAAAGCAUUUGUGGUCCUGUCCCCAGCUUUUUCAUCCAGUGAUUUAGAGAGCUUAACCUGGGACUUGCAGGAGCAUGUCAAGAAAACUACUGCUCCAUAUAAAUACCCCAGAAAGGUGGAAUUUGUCCAAGAGCUGCCAAAAACAGUCACUGGGAAGAUCAAGAGGAAUGAAUUGAGAAAGAAAGAGUGGGGACAGAUGUAGCAUUGUUUGGAAAUUAACAGAACUUCUUUCAUUCCAUUAAUGAAUUACACGUUUCUCUGACGUAAUUGCCUUCCUCUUUUUUGUUAAAUGCCUGAGUAUCAAAAGCUAUAGAUAACACCAAGAUGUGAUGUUUGCACCUGCUUCCAAAGUGUCAGUACCACCAUUUCAGUUCCUAAAGCACUGCUGGAAAAGGGAACAAAUGAUCCAACUCUAUUCUAGUCCCAAAUGUCCACAGGUUCAGCAGAAUUUGGCUGGUGACCCAUCUCUUUUAGAUAGUAUUCAGGAUGAAUGAAGAGAUAUUGCUGAUUGUCAGUUGUCUAGCUCGAAGCUGCAGAAAAGGCAGGAAUGGAUUCGAGUGGUUCAAAUGCUCUGUACUUAAAUGCAGUGUGUUUAAUCUGAAUGCAGCCCUCCUAUUACUUAUUAAAGAUGGAAAGACUCCUCUUUAUUGAUACCAUCAUAUGAUCUUCAUAAACCUUUCCUGAUUAAUACAUGUCUUGAU